GGUGAGACAGGAGAGACAGGUGAGACAGGAGAGACAGGUGAGACAGGUGAGACAGGAGAGACAGGAGAGACAGGUGAGACAGGAGAGACAGGAGAGACAGGUGAGACAGGAGAGAGAGGUGAGCUUCGGUCAGCUUCAGUGAACUCUGAGCUGAGGAGGAAGCUGCUGCUGCUGCUGCUUAACAUCAAACCAAUUAGCAGUAAGUCGGCCGAUUAGAGGAGCAGCUGAUCCGCUGCUAAUUGGAUCAGAACCGAUCGGAGAUUUAGGAUGACGAUCUGCUGCUCGCUCACAUUCACACCUUUCUUCUUGUGGACCAGCGUGAAAGAGCCCGCUGCCCUUCUGACGGCUUUUAUGUGAAUAUUUGGUUGUGAUCUGAUGGCAGACCCCUCGGCUCCCCCAGCGGUAUGGACCGUCCUGACUCGCAGCUCGGCAUUAUGGGUCUGAAACCAGCAGUUCUGGCCGAGUCUCGUUCAGCUGCUUCUUUCUGGAACGGAUUAAAACUCUGAAAGUCUGACGGAUCCUCGAGUGCUCACCAGAGGAAAGCGUUUUCUCUUUGCUACCUGACGUUUAGUGUAUUCCAGUCGAGUGUUCGGAACCACACCGAGAGGUUAAGAUGCCGUUCAUGCCGGUGAAGUUCAACCUGCAGAAGCGGGUGAAGCUGGCUCAGGGUCUGUGGAUGAUCUACUGGCUCUCGGUCAUCGUGGGGAUCCUCCUCUUCAGCCUCGGCAUCUUCUUCAAGAUCGAGCUGCGGAAGAGAAGCGAGCUGAUGGACAACAACGAGAGCCACUUAGUGCCCAACCUGCUGAUCCUGGUGGGCUUGUUGGCCUGCGGGGUCAACGCCUUCGGAGGAAAGGUGUGCCACGACUCUCUGGACCCCAUCAAGUUCGCCAAGUGGAAGCCGAUGCUGAAGCCGUACCUGCUGAUGUGCUGCGGCUUCAACGCGCUGCUGCUGCUGACGGCGCUGCUCUGCUUCCUCAUGCAGUUCGCCGUGUACCUGACGCUAGCCGAGGGCCUGAAGUACAGCAUCAAGUUCUACAAGGACACGGACACGCCGGGACGCUGCUUCAUGAAGAGGACGCUGGACAUGACGCAGAUCGAGUUCCGCUGCUGCGGCAACAACAACUUCAGGGACUGGUUCGAGGUGCAGUGGAUCAGCAACCGCUACCUGGACAUGAGCAACGACCUGGUCAAAGAUCGUGUCCUCAGUAACGUGGAGGGGAAGUACCUGAUGGACAGCGUCCCAUUCAGCUGCUGUAACCCCGGAUCUCCUCGACCCUGCAUCCAGCACCACCUGACCAAUAACUCCGCCCACUACGACUACGACCACCGCAUCGAGGAGCUCAACAUCUGGUCCCGGGGCUGCCGCGAGGCCCUCUUCUCCUACUUCAGCAGCAUGAUGAACAGCAUCGGAGUCCUCAUCCUCGCCACCAUCAUCCUGGAGUCGGCGGACAUGGCAGGGUUGAAGUACCUGACCACGGCUCUGGAGACGAUGGAGGACCCGGAGAACCCGGAGUGUGAAAGUGACGGCUGGCUGCUGGAGAAAGGCGUGAAGGAGACGUUCGGCGAGAUGUUCGCCAAGCUGAAGACGCUGGGGAAGAGCAACCAGGUGGACGAGGGCGGGGACGCACCUGAGGCUGCCACCUGAGAGCCCCGCCCGCCACCACACAGGACUCAGGUCUCCAACACCGUCUGUACACGUGUUACAAUACUACACACACACACACACACACACACACACACACACACACACACACGUUCAAAGUGAACAAGUCAUUAUUUAAUUAUUGUGAUUGUUGAUAUUUUUUCCAUACGGUGUAAAUAUGUUGAACAGAGUUUAUUUUUAAUCAGGAGGAACUAAAACCUGCUGCUGUAAAUAAAACAUCUGGGACGGGAUUUAACGUUACACCCCCCCCCCCCCCCCCCCCCCCCCCCGUUAAUACUUCCUGUCAGACGCCAUCAGGCCCGACCGAUACAUCACACCACUGCUCACUGCUCACCUCAGCUCAUAUCUGAUUGAUUGAUUGAUUGAUUGAUUGAUUGAUUGACUAGUCCAGCAGACAGCAGCUUCUUGCCAAACAUGUUUAUGUGAUGAACAGACGUCAAUGAAUGCAUCGUUAUCAGCUGUUUCUGGUCUCAGACCUGGACUAUCGGUCGGGUCCUGGUCUCUGUCUCAGACCUGGACUAUCGGUCAGGUUCUGGUCUCAGUCUCAGACCUGGAGUAUCGGUCGGGUUCUGGUCUCUACCGGCGGACACGCUUGGUUGACAUGGAAACAGACGGCCACAACAUCCAAAAUCCACAGAGGUGCUCAGCCUCCACUGCUGAGCAGCAGGAGGUAUAUACAGAGGUAUGUAGAGGUAUAUACGGAGGUAUGUAGAGGUAUAUACGGAGGUAUGUAGAGGCAUAUGCGGAGGUAUGUAGAGGUAUAUACAGAGGUAUGUAGAGGUAUAUACGGAGGUAUGUAGAGGUAUAUACGGAGGAAUGUAGAGGUAUAUACGGAGGUAUGUAUAUACGGAGGUAUGUAGAGGUAUAUACGGAGGUAUGUAGAGGUAUAUACGGAGGUAUGUAUAUACGGAGGUAUGUAGAGGUAUGUACGGAGGUAUGUAGAGGUAUAUACGGAGGUAUGUAUAUACGGAGGUAUGUAGAGGUAUGUACGGAGGUAUGUAGAGGUAUAUACGGAGGUAUGUAGAGGUAUAUACGGAGGUAUGUAUAUACGGAGGUAUGUAGAGGUAUAUACGGAGGUAUGUAGAGAUAUGUACGGAGGUAUGUAGAGGUAUAUACGGAGGUAUGUAUAUAUGGUGGUAUGUAGAGGUAUAUACGGAGGCAUGUAGAGGUAUAUACGGUGGUAUGUAGAGGUAUAUACGGAGGUAUGUAUAUACGGAGGUAUGUAGAGGUAUACACGGAGGUAUGUAGAGGUAUAUACGCAGCCAAUAAUGUUUAUAUAAUUUGGACACGUCUUUCUAACUACGUCUAACACACGUCUUCUAACUUCUUUACUAUCACACGGCGUGUUUUUUAAGGUUGGUCGAUUAAGCUAGCUAACGUUAAUGCUAACAUUAGCACUAACAUCUCUAACCUGAAGCACGUGAUGGGUAGAGGACUGAGUCUGUGAGACAGAGUUCAGGGUGUGAAUGACCCACGGUGGCCGUCUGGUUCCUGUCACAGCGACGCCGGUUCACACCUGAAACAGGAAGGUUUUUAUACUCUAAACACACAGGUGUGAGAUAACGUGUAGUGAUUAAAGUGUCUAAAGAGAAGUUCAGUUGUAAUAUUUCUUCAUGUUUCUGUGUUUUCUUUCUUUGUGAUGAUGAUGAGAGUUGUGAUGUUGUGGGUUGCUAGGAGCUAGUAGUCGCUCCACGGAGUACCAUAAAACCUCUAAACCAUGAAA